UCAAAAGUCUAAAAAAAUUGUAGCAAGUAACAUUGAGAUCAUAUCAUGUAUGCACCAAAUCCAGAUAUUCCUAGCACGUCUGGUCCUCACUAUCAUAGAGGACCUCCUUUUGGCUUUGGUUUUGUUCGUCGAUACUUUUCUAAUAUGUGUCUUGCUCUCUCCUCUUGUUUCUACUUUCUAUGCUGCUGUUGGAUCCUGGAAGAUGGUGUUGGCAGAUCAGGUUGGGAAGUAGGUCCUAGGGAUCCUUAUCCAAGCCCACCACAAGGACCAUUGGGCCCUAAUCCACCCAAUAUCCCUAUCACAUUUUCUGGCCCACCAGGUCCACCUCAAAUUGGAUCAUCUAAUUAUUAAUAAUUUUCAAGUCUCUAUGUAAUGAACAUUCAACUAUUUUGUUAUAAUUCCCACAAUGUGCAAUAUGUUUACUCCCCCUCCCCCCCCCUCCUUUUUUUUUGUAAAAAAAUAUUAUUCAUAACACUUUACCGACUUCAUAUAUUAUAUGCAUUUUUUUGUGA